GUCGGAACAUAAUGAACGAAAAUGGCUCUUUUCUAUAUUAUUUUUUUCUUGAUGGCUAUAAAGACAGACACAACCCUCGGAAAUGAGUGCCCAUAUUCUGCAACACGACCUGUAAGGACAUACAGACAUUGUGGAACAUGGGGUUGGCGUCGAUGUGCAACAUACAAAUCCGAACGAUAUUACUAUCAGGACUGUUGUCCCGGAUGGGGAGGUUCCUCGUGCUCGACACCCAUAUGCAACAACCCGUGCGGAUAUGGUGGCAAAUGCAUUGGUCCUAACCAUUGCAACUGUUCUUCCUCCUUCACCGGAAAACAAUGUACAACAGUGUUGUGUUCCCAUAUUGCCCCAUGCUAUCCUGGAACAUGUAGUUACCCGCAUCAAUGCAACUGUUUUCAUGGAUUUGAUGAUUCAAAUAGGGGAUGUCUUUCAUUUUCGAUGGAAAACAACCCACCUGUCAUUACUGAAUGUGAGAUCACACUGGCAAAAAUACGACGAACGGACCAAAAGCAACAAUUUUAUUUCAGCAUGCCAUGUUCAGACGGCAACAAAACGGAUACAGUAUGGUGUAACCAGGAAUUGCUCAAUUAUGCAAAUUUUUCUAUGAGGUCCCACUAUCCGAAAAUUUCAAACUUGCCACCACCACCCUCUUACAUUUCUUCUCAUGGCUUUGGGAUAGUUUACAGUGGUAUCCAUGUCAGACACACGAAGUUUCCAAGACCAGAUGAUCACAACAGAAGACACAUUGCUUUAGAUAAGAACUACGAGUGCAGUGGAUUAUCUGACACGUCACCAAAGACAAGUGUAGCCCCAUGUGAAAUCAUUGAAGAAAAUUACAAGAUUAAUAUUGAACACGACGAUUUCUUUACCGUGACAUAUUCUACAAAGAGCGGUGGCUAUCGUCAGUUAUAUGACAGGGAUAACUAUAGGUAUUACUCAAAACAAAUAUACAACGGCCAAUCCACCAACAAAACUGUGGAGUUCAAGUUUGAUUUCAUAGCACCCACGCACUGUUCUGAGCCUUACUCACGAGUCAAAUGUAAUCAUGGAGAAAAACCGAUUGAUGUAGGAGAGGACAUAACAAAGAAUCCGAUUCAACUUCGUUGGGUUGGCUGGUCGGACGCUUUGUCCGGAAUCGGUUACUACUACCUUGAGAUCUUCAAGUUGGAACCUAACAUACAUGGUGAUCUUAUAGAACUUGAACCACUAAAACCAAUAUAUACAUUUAAGACGAACAGAACAUCUUCUUUAAAUUUUCCGACAUAUUACCCUCCUCAAACUGGAAUGUAUUCAAUUCUUCUGCAAGCAUCAGACAAGGCGAACAAUUCGAAGAUUGCUCGGAGGUUGGUUCUAUAUGACAACGAUUCGACUAUAAUUCUUACAAAACCCGGUUUUCUUUCGGAUAAACCAAUGAAUGUGUCAGAGAUAUCAAUAGGCGACGGUGGUAUGCACGUAAUAAGUGCAAUACCGGAAACGGGUUACAUGUGGCAGACUACUAAAAAUGGGACAAAAACACGUAUCGUUUUAAACUGGGAGAAUCACUUUGUCAACAAGAUUUACGACACUGAUAAGUUGCUGAACAGAGUGCUGGGGUAUCCAACACAAUUUGCAGAUUUGCAAGAUGAUGGUGUUCUUAGAAGCAAAAAGUAUGUUAACCUGACAGAUAAUGAGGGUGCGAGAACUCGCAGGGCUAUUUCCAACAAACAUGGCAUUGUCAAAUUCGAAAUAAAUCGAGUUUUCACAGACGAUAGACAGGUGCCAAAGACAGGAUGGAUACUUCAUGAAUUGACAGAGGAAUAUGAAAUGAGAGAACAACUAGACGAUGGAAGUCAUGUACGCCUUUGGGUACGAGCUACUGAUAUCAUGAAUCAUACUUUAGCAGAUUAUACAGAGGUACACAUUGACAACACACCACCUAGGGUAGCAAAUGUAAAAGUCGAAGAAAAUAUUGUUAACGGGACAUAUAAGCACACAUCAAGAAUCACAUUUAAGGCUUCAGAUGACGAUAGUGGUGUUCAUCGGAUAGAAUACAAGUUAUUUGUUGGAAACAGAACGGACGAACAUGGAAAAGGAUCCAUUCCAGCUAAUAAAAAUAAUGCAUCUGGAGCUUGUGGAACGGAUCCAGUCUGUAACUGUGUUUUGCACACGUGUUUUCUGGUACCACAGACACUUGAUAUUGAUAAUUGUUGGUUUCUCGUGCCGAAGGAAGACUUAAAUAGAUCUGCAAGAAUCGAUGUCAAAGUCUAUAACCAGGCUCUUCUUUAUCAGAAAUUUUCAACAAAUAUAACGCGCUUAACGGAUUUGAAUGGUCUAGAAGAAUAUUCUGGACCUACAAACAUUCGAGUGGAAAAGAAUCUUGCCGCAGGAGUUCGACUUGUAUGGGACUUGCCUAAAACAGCAUCCUGCUAUGGACGAACUGAUAUCGAUAUCAUCAUAGUUAAUUCGGACGGAAGCAUAAGACAUGUAAAAGUAUACAAUGAAGGGACAUCCAUUGAUUUAGUUGGACUUGAACCAGAUAAAGAGUACAGUAUUUCACUGAAACUUGGAUACAGGGGCAUAGAACUUGCCGCACUGCCUUAUAAAUUUAAAACCGGUAUGAUCAUGUCAUUAGCAUUGUGCAUGUAUGCACAUCUUAUGUUGCCUCCACAGUGGUAUUUUUGCCACUGA